AUGAUUUCUAUUCUAUUAGUUUCACCUGAACAUUUAAUAAGAUUGGGUUUUCUUGAGGAGACAGUUGUGAAUAGACAUUAUGAAAUCAAUUUUCUCUUACAUGUCACUUUGGAAAAAGUUGUUUUUCUACCAUUUAGUUAUGUUAUGUAUAAAUAUCGAUUUCUAUUGUUUCGUAAUCAGACCGAUCGUCAAAAUGAAUUAAAUUCUGUAUGGUGGAAUCUGCGUAUUCAGUAUAAUGGUAUUAUGGCACAUAUACCUCGAAAUGAGGAAAUUCUUCAAUUUCAAGGAAUUACAGCACGACUCUGCCUGUGUGAUGUCUAUGGCAAUAGAUAUGUUGGUGAAAAAUUUAAAGAAAUGUUAACUAUGGGAAACUCAAAAAGUGGCAAGAUGUUUUAG